AUGCUCUCCACUCUGCGUGUUGCCAGCCGCUCGGCGGCUGCCCGUGAUGCGAACAUGCGCACCGUGGUCGUUGGUGCCAGACAUGCCUCGGCCUGGUCCAAUGUGCCCCAGGGUCCUCCUGAUGCCAUUCUGGGCAUCACCGAGGCUUUCAAGGCCGAUUCCUUCAAGGAGAAGAUUAACCUGGGUGUUGGUGCUUACCGUGAUGACAAGGGCAAGCCUUACGUUCUGCCCUCCGUCCGUGAAGCUGAGGACAAGGUCGUCGCCUCGCGCUUCGACAAGGAAUACGCCGGUAUCACUGGUGUUCCCUCCUUCACCAAGGCGGCUGCCGAGCUGGCCUACGGCAAGGACUCUUCGGCUCUGACUGAGGAUCGCUUGGUGAUCACUCAAACCAUCUCCGGUACCGGUGCUCUCCGCAUCGGCGGUGCGUUCCUCCAGCGUUUCUAUCCCCACGCCAAGAAGAUCUACCUCCCCAACCCCAGCUGGGCCAAUCACAACGCUGUCUUCAAGGACUCUGGUCUCGAGGUUGAGAAGUACCGCUACUACAACAAGGACACCAUCGGUCUUGACUUUGAUGGAAUGAUCGCCGACAUCAAGGCCGCCCCCAACAACAGCAUUGUUCUGCUGCACGCUUGCGCUCACAACCCUACCGGUGUUGACCCCACGCAGGAGCAGUGGCGCCAGAUCAGCGAUGUCGUCAAGGAGAAGGGCCACUUUGCCUUCUUCGACAUGGCUUACCAAGGUUUCGCCAGCGGCAACGCCGAUCAGGAUGCUUUUGCCCCCCGUCACUUUGUCAAGGAGGGCCACAACAUCGCUCUGUGCCAGAGCUUCGCCAAAAACAUGGGUCUCUACGGUGAGCGUGUUGGUGCCUUCUCGCUGGUUUGCGAGAACACCGAGGAGAAGAAGCGCGUCGAGUCUCAGAUCAAGAUUCUGAUCCGUCCCUUCUACUCCAACCCUCCCAUUCACGGUGCCCGUGUCGCCUCCGCCAUCAUGAAUGACCCCAAGCUCAACGAGCAGUGGCUCGGUGAGGUCAAGGGCAUGGCUGACCGCAUUAUCGAGAUGCGCUCUCUGCUCCGCAAGCACCUGGAGGAACUCGGCAGCAAGCACGACUGGUCUCACAUCACCAGCCAAAUUGGCAUGUUUGCCUACACUGGUCUGAAGCCCGAGCAGAUGGACGUCCUCGCCAAGGAGGUAAGCUACCGAUCGCGUGCGACAAAGAAACACGUGGAUCCAUUUUACCAUGCUCUACAAGCUUUUGCUUUCAGUCAGCUGACACCUUCUGCCCUACAGCACUCCGUCUAUGCUACCAAGGAUGGUCGUAUCUCCGUCGCCGGUAUCACCACCGGCAACGUCAAGCGUCUGGCCGAGUCCAUUUUCAAGGUUACUGGUUAA